AUGGCGGACGGACGCUUCUUCUCCACCACCAAGAAGGGGGAGGUGGCGGAGUACAAGAAUGAUCUCCACAGCCUGGAUCGCAAGUCCCAGAAGAACGCGGUCAAGCGCGUCAUUGCCGCGAUGACCGUGGGCAAGGACGUCAGCUCCUUGUUCCCAGGCACGCAUAAUGUGGUGAACUGCAUGCAGACCGAAGACAUGGAGCUGAAGAAACUGGUCUACCUGUACCUGAUAAACUACGCCAAGACCCAGCCCGAUCUGGCAAUCAUGGCUGUCAACACCUUUGUCAAGGACACGCAAGACCCCAACCCGCUGAUCCGCGCGCUGGCGGUGCGCACCAUGGGCUGCAUCCGGGUGGACAAGAUCACCGAGUACCUGUGCGACCCGCUGCAGCGCUGCCUGAAGGACGAGGACCCCUACGUGCGCAAGACCGCCGCGGUCUGCGUGGCCAAGCUGUACGACAUCUCCGCCGAGAUGGUGGAGGACCGCGGCUUCCUGGACGUGCUCAGGGACAUGGUGGGGGACGCCAACCCAAUGGUGGUGGCCAACGCGGUGGCGGCGCUGGCCGAGAUACAGGCCUCCUCCUCCGGCCCGGUCUUUGUCAUCGACGGCGCGGUGCUGACCAAGCUCCUCCGCGCCCUCAACGAGUGCAGCGAGUGGGGCCAGGUCUUCAUCCUGGAUGCGCUGGCGGCCUACACCCCUGCCGACUCGCGCGAUGCCGAGGGCAUCGUGGAGCGCGUGGCUGCACGCCUGCAGCAUGCCAACGGCGCCGUCGUGCUGUCGGCCAUCAAGCUCAUCCUGCACGCAGCCAAGUACAUCGAAGACGCCGGCGCGCGCGCAGCCAUCCACAAGAAGCUGGCCCCGCCCCUGGUCACGCUGCUGGGCGCCGAGCCCGAGAUCCAGUAUGUGGCGCUGCGCAACAUCGACCUCAUCGUGCAGAGCGUGCCGGGCAUCCUGUCCCACGAGGUGAAGGUCUUCUUCUGCAAGUACAACGACCCCAUCUACGUCAAGACCGAGAAGCUGGAGAUCAUGAUCAAGCUGGCGGACGAGAAGAACAUCGACCAGGUGCUGCUGGAGCUGCGCGAGUACGCCAGCGAGGUGGACGUGGACUUUGUGCGCAAGGCGGUGCGCGCGGUGGGGCGCUGCGCUAUCUCGCUGGAGCCCGCCGCGGAGCGCUGCGUGAACGUGCUGCUGGACCUGAUCCAGGGUCGCGUGUCCUACGUGGUCCAGGAGGCGGUGGUGGUCCUGCGCGACGUCUUCCGGCGCUACCCGGGGCGCUACGAGCGCGUGAUCGCGCCGCUGUGCGAGUGCCUGGAGGCACUGGACGAGCCCGAGGCCAAGGCGGCCAUGGUGUGGAUCAUCGGGGAGUACGCGGACCGCAUCGACAACGCCGACGAGCUGCUGGAGCAGUUCCUGGAGGGGUUCCCGGAGGAGUCGCCCGGGGUGCAGCUGGCGCUGGUCACCGCCACGGUGAAGCUGUUCCUGAGGAAGCCCAGCGAGAAGCCGCAGGCCCUGAUCCAGCUGGUGCUGUCCUACGCGACGCAGGAGACGGACAGCCCCGACCUGCGCGACCGCGCCUACAUCUACUGGCGCCUGCUGUCGGCCGACCCCGACGCCGCGCGCGACGUGGUGCUGGCGCCGCGCCCCGUGAUCGAGGCCGCCGCCGACGGCGUGGACCCGGCCCUGCGCGCCGAGCUGCUGGGCGAGCUGGGCUCGCUGGCCAGCGUCCUGCAUCGCCCCGCCGCGGCCUUCACCUCCGCCGCGCGCCUGGCCGUGCGCCGCGCCUCGCAGCUGGGCGCGGGCGGCGUGGGGGCAGGCAAGGGCCUGGUCAUCCGCGGUGGGGUCGAGCGCGAGGCCGGCGGCCAGCUGGCCUACCAGCUGCACCUGGAGAAUGCGGGGGCGGGCGUUCCUCUGGACGGCUUCAUGAUCCAGCUGAACAAGAAUGGCUGGGGCCUGGUGCCCCAGUCCCAGACCAUUCCGGUUCCUCGACUCGCACCCGGCGCAUCGGCCUCAGCGCGGGUUCCCCUGGUCCAGAACCCAGCGUCGGCCACGCCCGCCCUGACCCCGGCGCUGCAGGUGGCCAUCAAGGUGUCCCAGCUGGGCGUGCUCUACCUGGCCGAUGCCGUGCCGCUGGCCGCGUUGCUGCGCGAGGACGGGCGCACCAGCCCCGAGGCCUUUGUGGGCGAGUGGCAGGCGCUGCCGGACGCCGCGGAGCAGGCGCGGACGCUGCCCCUGGUCAUCCACGCCGUGCCCGCUGCGCAGGCCAGCCUGGAGGCCGCCAGGCUCUUCGUCAUGGCGCACAAGUCGGUGCCCGGCGCGGAGGUACUGUACGUGACGGGCGCGGCGGGGCUGCCCUCCGGCCAGCGCGCGCAGCUGCUGCUGGAGCUGCGGUUCGUCCCCGGGCAGCGCGGCGUCGCCACAGUGUUCAAGGCCCAGGAGACGAGCCUGGCCCCGGCCGCCUUUGACGCCGUGGCCGCGGCGUUGAGCUGA